CCCCAAAAAAUAAAAAAAUCCCCAUUAGCCAAAAUCCACAAUGCAUUUCACUUGCAUUGCCACUCUCCUUCUAGUGGCCGCGGCCUGCGCCCAGGCCAGGAUCCCCGGGGUUUACUCCGGGGGCUCCUGGCAGACUGCGCACGCCACAUUCUACGGUGGAAGCGACGCCUCCGGCACCAUGGGGGGGGCUUGUGGCUACGGCAACUUGUACAGCCAGGGCUACGGCGUGAACAAUGCGGCGCUGAGCACGGCGCUGUUCAACAACGGGCUGAGCUGCGGGGCGUGCUUCGAGAUCAAGUGCAGGGACGUGCCGCAGUGGUGCCACCCGGGCAGCCCCUCGAUCUUCAUCACGGCCACCAACUUCUGCCCGCCCAACUACGCCCUGCCCAACGAUAACGGGGGAUGGUGCAACCCGCCCCGCCCCCAUUUCGACCUCGCCAUGCCCAUGUUCCUCCAGAUCGCCGAGUACCGGGCCGGCAUUGUGCCCGUCUCUUACCGCCGGGUGCCAUGCCAGAAGAAGGGAGGAAUAAGGUUUACUAUCAGCGGACACCGUUACUUCAACUUGAUUCUGGUAACGAAUGUAGCGGGUGCAGGUGACCUCACGAGGGUGUGGGUGAAGGGGUCAAGGACUAACUGGAUGCCCCUGAGCCGUAACUGGGGGCAAAAUUGGCAAUCCAACUCGGAAUUGGUGGGACAGUCCCUCUCGUUCCGAGUCAAGGCUAGCGACCGUCGCGGCUCCACCUCAUGGAACAUUGUCCCUUCCAAUUGGCAAUUUGGGCAGACUUUCAUCGGAAAGAAUUUCAGAGUCUAAAUUAAAUUACCUUACAAAAUUAGUAAACCACAAAAUGGUUUUUUCAUGUUUUGUUUUGAUUUAUUUGAGAGAGAUUGGAGAGUAAAAUGAGGAAAAGUGAAAGUGGAGAGUUUACAUAUGUUUGUGGUCUUGAAUUGCAACUUUUGAUGGAAAAAGCUUGAAGUGGCUGCAAAAAUUAAAGUAUUGUGUGGCCCUCGGCUUGAUCCAUUUGUUAUGAUAUAUAUAAUUUAUAAAUAUAUAUCUUGUUUGAGA